CCACUGUGUGCCAACCUACCAGCUGCGUGGCUGACCCGUUACUUUGCAAUGCAACGGUCAUCCAGUGCCUUUCACAGCUUGCUUCCAGCAUUGGCCACCAGAGGACUCCAGACCCCUGACCAAAGCUUCCAUUUCUCUAAUAAUCAUAAACAUACCUAUUUAUGUUUCUGGCUACUGUGGUCCACUGUAAGCCUUCUGUGCCUCUUCCCUGCCACCUCUGCUGCCACUGUAAGGGUUGGGGUGGUGGGGCCUUGGUCAUGUGACCCCCUCUUCACCAAAGCCCAGCCCGGCGUGGCUGCGCGGUUAGCUGUGGAGCACAUCAACAAGGACCCCUUCCUCUCACAGGGCAUCACGUUCGAUUAUGUCAUCCUGGAGGAGGACUGUGAGACAUCUCAGUCUUUUGCCCGUUUUCUUGGUUACUAUAAACGUGCAUCUGGGUUUAUAGGUCCAGUUAACCCAGGCUACUGUGAAGCUGCCUCUCUCUUAGGUAAGAGUUGGAAUAAGGCAGUGUUUUCCUGGUCUUGUAUUGGAAAUGAGCUGGAUGAUGCCCGCAGUCACCCUACGUUCGCCCGAACCAUGCCCCUCCCCUCCCUUGUGCUGCUGAGCUUAAUGCGCCACUUUAGUUGGGCACAUGUUGGCAUCAUUUCAUCAGCCGAGGAUGUCUGGGUGGAGGCGGGUUUAAGGCUGGCCAAUGCCCUGCGUGGUCAUGGAAUGCCUGUUGGCAUUGUGGCAUCUGUUCGUAAUGACCACACCAGCAUGCGUAAUACCCUGGUCAAGGUCAAGAAAGUGGCGGAGCUUCGUUUGGUCAUCCUCGUUAUGCACUCGGUGUUGAUUGGUGGAGGAGCCCAGAAGAUGCUAUUGGAGACAGCUCAUGACAUGCGGAUGACUGACGGCUCGUUGGUGUUUAUAUCUUACGAUACUCUCUUUUACAGUCUGCCCUACCAUCACAUUACCCAUCCAGCCCUGCGCUACAACAGCAAGCUGCUACGAGCCUACGAUGCCGUGCUCACCAUCACUAUUGAGUCUCCAAAGGAACAGUCUUUCUACCAAGCUUUUGAAAAAGCCCAGGAGCAAGGAGAGCUGCCCAGGCACCUUAAACCACAGCAGGUGUCCCCAUUGUUUGGCACCAUCUACUCCUCCAUCGUGUUCAUGGCUCAUGCUGUGCAAAGUGUCAGGGCUUCCGGUCAAUGGAUGUCUGGGGGGAACAUCGCCCAAAAUGCCCGAAACCUGCUAUUCAAAGGUGUCAGCCUACAAGCAAACUCUUCUGACUUUGGCAUGCUGGACUAUGUGGUGCUGGACACAGAUGGCUUUUCUUGGGAGUUGAAGCCUACAUAUCGUAUAGAGAUGCAGACAGAUAUGGUGCGCUUUCUGGGUCGGCCGAUUCAUUUUCCUAAUGCGGGGCCACCGAAAACUGAUUCCAGCUGCUGGUUUACACGUGGGAUCAUCUGCCGUGGAGGUGUGAAUCUUUUCAAUAUAGUUUUAAUCUUCCUAUCUGGUUUUCUGUUCUUCUUCUUCUCGAUUGGCUGUUCUUACUGCAUCAGGCGUAAAAUUAAUAAGAUCCGACUGAUGCGGGGACCGAACAAAAUUUUACUGACUUUAAAUGACGUCACUUUCAUCAACCCCUCCCUGAGCAAUAAGAAGCUGAGCUUGGAUGACAGCAAGGCCAGUGACACGAGAAUGAGCACUUCAGAGCGAAGCCUCAAGUCUCCGUUCUCUAGCCAAUCGCCAGCCACCCAUGACAAUUCAAAUAUCGUCAUUUAUGAGGGUGAUUGGGCGUGGCUGAAACGGCUUCCGUAUGGAAACUUCCGGAGCAUCACUCCUAAUACCAGCGAUGUUUUUGAACUGAUGAAAGAUUUGAGGCACGAGAAUAUAAACACCUUUCUAGGCUUCUUCCACGACUGCGGAGUCUUUGCCAUAGUAACAGAGUACUGUUCGCGUGGCAGCUUGGAAGAUCUGUUGGUCAACGACGAUGUCAAACUGGACUGGAUGUUCAAGUCCUCUCUCAUUCUGGACCUCAUCAAGGGUAUGAAAUACCUACACCAUAGGAACAUUUGUCAUGGAAGGCUUAAGUCCAGGAACUGUGUGGUUGAUGGGCGUUUUGUGCUCAAAAUCACAGACUAUGGCUACAAUGAGGUGUUGGAAUCUCAAAAGUUUCCUUAUGUUGAACCGCCAGCUGAAGACCUGCUGUGGACCUCCCCUGAGAUACUGAGAGGGUCCCACCCUGGUUUGUAUGGCACUCACCAUGGUGAUGUGUACAGUUUCUCAAUCAUCAUGCAAGAGGUGGUUAUGCGAGGGCCUCCGUUCUGUAUGCUGGAGCAGUCUUGUGAUGAAAUCAUCCAGAAGGUCCGGAAGCCUCCUCCAAUAUGCCGGCCCAUCGUGUCUGCAGACCACGCUCCGAUGGAGUGUAUUCAGCUUAUGAAGAAUUGCUGGAACGAACAGCCAGAGAAAAGACCCCCAUUUGAAGAAAUCUUUGACCAGUUCAAGAAUGUUAAUAAAGGGAAAAAGACCAACAUCAUAGACUCCAUGUUGCGAAUGUUGGAGCAGUAUUCCUCCAACCUGGAGGAGUUGAUCAGGGAAAGGACAGAGGAGCUGGAAAUAGAGAAACAAAAGACUGAGAAACUCCUCACACAAAUGUUGCCCCCGUCAGUGGCAGAGGCUCUGAAGCUGGGCACUACAGUUGAACCCGAGCAUUUUGACAGUGUCAGUCUCUAUUUCAGUGAUAUUGUUGGCUUCACCACAAUCUCAGCCAACAGUGAGCCUAUUGAGGUGGUUGACCUCCUCAAUGACCUUUACACAACAUUUGACGCUGUAAUCGGCAAUCAUGAUGUCUAUAAGGUGGAGACCAUCGGUGAUGCAUACAUGGUGGCAUCAGGUGUGCCCGUGCCCAAUGGAAACCGACAUGCAGCCGAAAUUGCAAACAUGGCCCUGGACAUCCUGAGUGCUGUUGGUACCUUCAAAAUGAGGCAUAUGCCUGAUGUACCGGUCCGCAUCCGAAUAGGACUUCACUCAGGUCCCUGUGUGGCUGGUGUAGUGGGUUUGACCAUGCCGCGGUACUGUCUGUUCGGGGACACGGUUACCACUGCUUCUAGAAUGGAGUCUACUGGAUUGCCGUACAGAAUCCAUGUCCAUUCCAGUACAGUGAAUAUCCUGAUGGAGCUGAAAUUGGGGUACCAAGUAGAGCUGAGAGCCAGAACAGAACUCAAGGGCAAGGGCAUAGAAGAAACCUACUGGCUCACAGGGAGGGACAGCUUCACCAAACCGCUCCCUACGCCGCCCGUUCUCAAGUCAGGAAUUGAAUCCAGAGAUUUUAAAGUGAUGCUUAAGAAGGCGGUGAAGAAGAUCUCCACUGUGCGUCAGGUUGCUCAGCUCACCCUAGCCGAUGAGGGCAAUGUCUUGAUCCACCAUCACUGAUGACCUUUAACCUUUGCCUUUUUGAACCCACACCUGUACUCAGAAUGAAAUGGAAUGUGAAGAAAUGGAGAACAAGUUAAAAGAGCACCAAAACAUUCUUUGCUUGUUUUCAGUCUGUUUUUCAUUUAAAAGCACCUAAUGAAGCAAGCUUAAGUGUACAGUUUACUGAAC